AUGGGGGGCGCGGGCCGCCGGUGCGGGCCCCGCGCCGGCCUGUGGGUGACGCUGCCGCCCGGCCUGGGGUGGGUAACGGUCGCGGGGGCCGCGCUGGCCGCAGAGGUGGCCGCCGGCGGAGCGCCCCGCGCAGCGUGGUGCGGCGAGGGGUGGGCGCAGGACGCCGUCCCGCCGGGCGCGGCCUUCGUCGCCGCCCGGUCCUACGCGGGCCCGCCUGGCAACAACGACACGCGGAGCAACAAGGCGCUUGCCCUAUCCUGCUGUGGUGGAGCAGGGAGCCUCUUCCCGCACUAUCCCCGGCGACACGCUGAGCGCAAUCGACUGCCCGCGCGGUCCUGCCUCGUCACCCGCAGCCGGCGGGUUGCCAGGCACCGCCCCAUCUACGGCACCGACUUCAGGGCGUACGAGGCGCCGCUGCCCCGCCUGCCCCACCAGACCUGGGCGCUCUUCCACGAGGAGUCCCCCAUGAACAACUACGUGCUCUCGCACCCGCCCGGCAUCCAGCUCUUCAACUACACGGCCACCUUCCGCCGCGAGUCCGACUACCCGCUGACGCUGCAGUGGCUGCCCGGCGCGGGGUACCUGCGCCCGGCCGUGCCGCUGGCCGAGAAGGACGCGUGGCGGCGGAGGGGCUACGCGCCCGUGCUGUACAUGCAGUCCCACUGCGAUGUGCCCUCGGACAGGGACCGCUACGUGCGGGAGCUCAUGAAGUACAUCCAGGUUGACUCCUAUGGGAAAUGCCUGCAUAACCGUGAGCUUCCCAGUGAACGACUGAGAGACACUUCUACAGCCACAACAGAGGAUUCUGAGUUUAUGACUUUUAUUGCCAGGUACAAGUUUCAUCUGGCCUUGGAGAAUGCCAUAUGUGAGGACUACAUGACGGAGAAGCUGUGGCGUCCCAUGCACCUGGGGGCUGUCCCAGUGUACCGAGGCUCCCCAGCUGUGCGGGACUGGAUGCCAAACAACCUCUCCAUCAUUCUUAUAGAUGACUUUGACAGCCCCCAAGAGCUGGCAAACUAUCUUGAUUUCCUGGACAAGAAUGGAGAGGAAUAUUUGAAGUAUCUAGAGUAUAAAAACGUUGGUGGAAUCAAAAACCAGUUCUUGCUAGAGAGCUUGCAGAGGCGGGAGUGGGGCGUGAACGACAUGACUCUGCCCAAUUACCUGAAUGGCUUCGAGUGUUUCAUCUGUGACAGGGAGAACAUCCGGGUCAAAGAGGAGCAGGAACACAAAAAGUCUCGUGGGAAAAUUCCAGCUCCCAGACCUCGAAUAGCUCAGUUCAAGCACAUGGGAUGUCCUGUGCCAACCCCUGGGUUUGGAAGUGUGGAAGACCUCGCUGAAGGAGACAGUUGGAAGGAAAUGUGGCUGCAGGAUUAUUGGCAAAGCCUUGAUCAGGGUGAGGCCCUCACAGCUAUGAUUCAUCGCAAUGAGUCGCAUCAAGGAAGAUUUUGGGACUAUAUGCAUGAGAUUUUUCUCAAGAGGACAAGGCAACACUGACCCAUCUUUGUAAGAGCUUGAUUUGAAAAUUGCCUUGAAAGUUGAGACUGUGAAUUCUUACCUCGCUUCAAAUGUUUGCCUUGAAAUAAAAAAAAAACCCUCUCACAGAGACAAUUUUUUCUGGUGCAAGAAGUGAGUUUCUGUUAUGAUUGGAUUCCAGCAGUGGAGAUGUUAGCAACUGCUUUGCUUUGAUUUGAAUUUCAGCUCUCUGGUGUGAAGCUGCUUCUGACUUGCAGGUGUCAACAUAUGGGGCAAAAGAUCAGGGAUUUUUUUUUACGUCUCCAGAAUAUUAAUUGUUUUUAUACGUAUUUUAUCAGUCACAUAUUCUCUUCAUUAAGGUGUACUUUUAGCUGCUAUUAACAAAUGGCUUUUCCAGUGAAGGAAUUACAAAAGACAAACCUGUGGAGAGCAAUUGUGCCUUACAAAAUUGCAGCAAUAAAGUCUCUUUGCCCCAAGUAA